UAUUUUUAGGGGACAGCAGCAGCUGCAAAAGCAUUUAACGGUAUUCCACGAACAAUGACACUUGGGUUGUCUAAGGCCUGAAUGACACGCAGAUUGGGGGACCACUCUGAAGUUGUCAAAUUGGAAGCUGGUGUGGACACUGAAGAUCUGUUUUCUAUUCCUCCUAUGGGAAAGAAGGUCUUCAGAAAAGUACUGGAGUAGAACUUGGGACGUUUGAUGAAGAGCAUGUGUCUGAAUCUGAACUCAACUUGGGACGGUUGGCAUUGCUUCUUACCUCAAAGAGAGAUUGCAAGUGCGGAAUGUAUGUUGACGGUCGUUCCUGGCGACUGAAGCGAGAAAUUUGCAGUGCAGAAGUUGGAUUGUCUUCCCCCAGGUAAUAACUGCCACUUAUAACUGUCCUGGACUGCUUAAGGGGAAGUGAGGCUCACAACAAAGCAGAAAUGGAUGUGUUUGGUGGUGCACCACGUUUCUUGGCCUAUCCGAGACCCGUGGUGGUACAAAGUGGAACGGAUGCAGUCCUGAAGUGUCAGAUAGGUGGGGAUCCAAGGCCUGCAGUUAUCUGGGAGCGAAACAAUGAAAAGAUUGACCCACAGGGACGAUACAGGGUCUUUGAGGAUGGAAAUGUUUACAAUCUUAUCAUUUCAGCUGUGACCACAGAGGAUAGUGGCCAGUACAUAUGUAAAGCAAAGAAUAGCAUUGGGGAAACAUACGCAGCGGCCACACUAAAGGUGGAAGGCGAAGCACAAGAGAUGGAGUUCCGAGAGGAAAAUAAGCCACGAUUCCUCAUCAAGCCCCUCUCCACUCGCGCUGGUCGUGGGGAUGAUGCUGUCUUCUCUUGUAAGCUCUGGGGAAACCCACGACCAGAGGUUGUCUGGGAAAAGGAUGGCAGGAAACUCAAUGAAAUAUUUGAAAGCACACAUUUCACUGUGGGCUUCCAGGACGGUGGUUGGUUCCAACUCAAGAUCUUUAAGACUCGUGCUCCAGAUGGUGGUGUAUAUACAUGCAAAGCCAGGAAUGAGUUUGGGGAAGCGUUGGCUGGAGCUGUGUUGCUGGUUGAUGCAGGCCCAGGACAUGAGGAAGAGGGAAAUCGUAAUGGCUACACAAAUGGCCACUGGAAAGCCCAUCAGGGAAAACAGAGGAGCGGUAGGCAAGUGUCAAACCGGCUCAAAGACGACACCAUGACCAAGUCGACUAAAGUGAAAAUGUUUGCAGUGACAGAGGGUAAACAUGCCAAAUUCCGCUGCUUUGUGACUGGGAAACCCAAACCGGAAAUCAUUUGGAGGAAAGAUGGCAGGCUGAUACUGUCCGGAAGGCGUUAUUUGUUAUACGAGGACAGAGAAGGAUACUUCACACUUAAAGUUCUGUACUGUAAGCAGAAGGAUAAUGGAGUUUAUGUUUGUGCUGCGUCAAAUACUGCUGGGCAAACCCUCAGUGCUGUACACCUCUCCGUAAAGGAGCCACCUGUGCAGUUCAAGCAGCCACUCAUUGAUCUAGAAGUAUGGGAACGAGAUUUGGCUGUUCUCGAGUGUGAAGUUCCAGAGGACUCUGUUGCCAUCACAUGGUAUCUGGAGGAUAGACGACUGCAGCCAGGGGCCAAAUAUGGAAUGGAGGAGUGGGGAACAAAACGGCGACUAACUAUCCGUGACAUCGGAGUUGAUGAUGAUGGGAUUUACCUCUGUGAGAUGCCCGAUGGGGGCAGAAGCAUUGCAGAGGUUGCUGUGAAAGGGACAAUUUUGCGGAAGCUUCCAAGAAAAGUGGAUGUAUUGGAAGGGGAAAAUGCUGCCUUUUGUGUUGAAGUGGAAAAAGAAGAAAUGGACAUACAUUGGUAUAAAGAUGCAAUAGAGCUGCGUGAAACACAUCAGACCAUCCUUAAGUCUUUUGGUAGGACUCACAUCCUGGUCUUCGUCAAUACAAUGCCCCAAGACUCUGGCCUUGUGACUUUCCUUGUCGGCAGAUCCAAGACUUCCUCUAUGCUAAGAGUGAAAGCGGCCAGACAUUGUCCUCCGAGUUGUCCAGUGGGUGUGCAGAUUAACACAGAGCGUGCUAAUGCAGCUCUUCUCUCAUGGGUUCCUGCUCAGGACUCACGAAAGAACCCCCCAUCUGGAUAUGUGCUUGAGCGACAGGAAGUGGGCACUGGCUCACAGGAGUGGCUACAGUGCCUGACCACUGACUCUGCAACCUCUGUAGAGAUCCUUGGUGACAGCGUACCAUGUGAAGCAGAUUAUCGAUUUCGCAUAUGCAGUGUAAACAAAUAUGGAAAGAGCAACAAUGUUGAGUUCCCUAGAGCUGUUCACUUAGUUCCAGUUGCCAGAAUUCAAGCUCCCUUACAGGAUGCCUUGGUACCCGAGGGGCAAGAUGCCCAGUUCUCUAUUGAGCUUUCUGCUUCAGUUAUUGGUACAUGGUUCUUAAAUGGUACUCAGCUUCAGGAAGAUGAACGUUAUUCCAUGCGUCGGUCACGAACACACCAAUCUCUUCGCAUUCGAGGAGUACGUGAUACAGACAAUGGAGCCGAAAUCACAUUUAUUGCCUAUGGGAUCCGGGAUUCUGCAGCACUGUACAUUCAAGCUCCUCUUGUCAAGUUUUCACCAAUGUCAGAAAUGGAUCGAAACAAAUUUGUAGAGAUUGGAAACCCCAUAGUGCUCUACUGUGAGCUGUCGGACCCUGCAGCACCAGUGCACUGGUACAAAAAUGGGGUGGAAUUACAGACAAUAGAGGGUCUGCAUAUCCAAUCAGAAGGCACCAUGAGAAGAAUUGUCAUUCAAUCAGCAGAAUUCUCACAUUCGGGAGUGUAUUGCUGUGAUGCCGUUGAUGACGUCAUCAGGUUCAAUGUGGAAGUAGAGGCCCCACCUGUGAGGUUUUCAGCAAUUCCAGAUGCGGAGAGGAACAAAACCAUCGAAACCGGCAGCCCCAUUGUUUUAUGCUGUGAGCUCUCAGAUCCUUCUGCCCAGGUGCACUGGUACAAAGAUGGGUCAAAGCUCAAUCCUCAAGCUGAUGUAGAAAUUCUAACUGAUGGCUUGGUGAGAAAAUUGAUUGUCCAUUCAGCAGAAUUUUUCCACGCUGGGUUAUACUGCUGCAAGACAAAGGGUGACACCAUCACGUUCAUUGUGGACAUCAAAGCUCCACCUGUGAAGUUCUCAGCAAUGCCUGGAGAAAUGAGGACCAAGUUGAUCGAAGCAGGCAGCACUAUUGUACUCCAGUGUGCGGUGUCGGAUCCUGAGGCCCAUGUUUGCUGGUCCAAGGAUGAAAUGCGGCUCAUUUCAAACUCUGGAUUAGAAAUCAACUCAGAGGGCAACAUAAGGACGUUAGUUGUUCAGUCUGCAGAGAUGUGCCACUCUGGUGUGUACAGAUGCACUACACAGGAUGAUACCAUGGAGUUUCAAGUGGAGAUCAAAGCUAUACCAGUGACGUACUCUACUAUCUUUGACGUUGAGAGAACCAAGUCACUUGAAGCAGGCAAACUUUUGGAGCUGAAAUGUGAGGUUGCAGACUCCCCUGUGCCUGUCUGCUGGUGUGAAGAGGCUGUAAAGCUCUGCCCGCAGAAUGAUUGGGAUAUACAGAGUAAUGGCACGUUGAAGAGACUCAUUAUCCCGUCUGAUGAGGUUUUGCCCUCUGGGCUAUACAGCUGUGAAACCGCUGAUGACACUAAUCACUUCACUGGGGAAAUUAAAGCUCCAAUGCUGCCGUUACCACCCUCACCAGAGGUUGUGGAGACGCCGUCACUUGAAGCAACCUGCCCGACUGAACCGACAUAUGAAACCUCAGGCCCUGCUUUCCAGGUGGAUAAAGAACAUGAUUCUAACAAAGAGCCUGAUUCUGAAAUGGGAGGCAUCAAGAAGACUCUUGUAAUUGAACCAACUCAUCCUUCAAACUCUGGAGCAUACUAUUGUGCAACAGCAGAUGAUGUUGCCCAAUUAAUAGUAAACAAUCAAGUGCCAGCUCCAACAUAUCUGCUUGGUCCUGGUGUUGCAAAGACUGAGUCUGCGGAAGUGGACUGCCAAAUUGUUCAGCAAUUUGAGAUUUCAGAUCCCAUUGCCAAAGCCUGUUGGUACAAAGAUGGAACCCAGAUCUACCCAAAAAGGGAAGCUGACCGUGAAUCACAGAGCAGCAGCCAAACCGUGCCCCUCCAGUUACAUGACUUGUCUGAUGAUGGGAGUUUUGGCUGUGAAACAUCUGGUGAUGCACAGUUAAAUAUGGACAUGAAAGCAGAGCAGCGUCACUGUGGUGACGAGAUUGGUGAGAUAGCUGAUGCAUCUGCCCAAUACACUGUGGAUGUCAAAGCUACAUCGCCAAGGCUCUCUUCUGAACAAGAAAAGAAGUCCACUGAAGAGGCCUUUCCUGUUGAAGUUGACUGCAUGUCAUCAAAAUGCAAUUCUGGUACCUUCUGUGGCGAGAGAGGAGAUGCACAGUCAUACGAAGAACAUUCCAUUCAUAUGCCAACUUCCCAGUCAGCAUGUGGAUAUGUGACUGAAUGGAUUGCACCUAAACAGCCAAGGGAGCUCUCUGACAAUCAACAAACAACAAAUGCCCAAUCUCCUGUUUACUGUAACUCUGUAAAGCCAACAAUGAUGCAAUCUGACACACAUCAUCACACUAAUAAGCUCAGAGAAUCACAUGGUGAGGAAUUCAUUUACUAUCUACAGCAUGCCAAAGCCCAAUCUGAAGAGCUUGAUAAUUCCCCCCAGACAGCUGUCAAGACAGAUGAGAUCUGUAAUGUUCAACAAACUGCAGCGGUUGAAUCAGAGGAAGUCACUCUCAAGACUCUAACUGUCCAAUCAGAAGAGCUAAAUAGCUCAAAACAGAUGUCAACUGUCCAGUCAGAGCUAGGUAACCCCUUACAGACUUCAACUGCCCAAUCAGAACACAUUACAAGCCACAAAUCAGUCAAGUUCUGUAACUCUUUAAAAACAGGAACUCUGCAGUCAGAGCAGCCCUUUAUAUGCUCAAACACUGUCCAACCAGAGGAGUCCUUUAAAUCCUCAAACACUGUCCAACCAGAGGAGUCCUUUAUAUCCUCAAACACUGUCCAACCAGAGGAGUCCUUUAUAUCCUCAAACACUGUCCAACCAGAGGAGUCCUUUAUAUCCUCAAACACUGUCCAAACAGAGGAGUCCUUUAAAUCCUCAAACACUGGCCAACCAGAGGAGUCCUUCAAAUCCUCAAACACUGUCCAAACAGAGGAGUCCUUUAAAUCCUCAAACACUGUCCAAACAGAGGAGUCCUUUAAAUCCUCAAACACUGGCCAACCAGAGGAGUCCUUCAAAUCCUCACAAACUGCAACUGUCCAACCAGAAGAGUCCUUUAAAUCUUCAUCCACUGCAACUGUCCAUCCACAAGAGUCCUUUAAAUCGUCACACACUGAAACUGUCCGACCAGAGAAGCCCUUACAAUCCACACAUACUGGAACUCUCCAAUUAGAGGAGCCUUUUAAAACCUUCCAAACUGCAAUUGUCAAAUCAGAGGAGCGCUGUAGCUCAAUACAACUGGCGGCUGCUCUGUCAGAGAAGCUUUUUGAUAGCUUACAAACUGAAACUGUCCAUUCAGAGGGACCCUAUAACUCCUUAUGGACUGCAACUGACCAAUCAGAGGAGUUAAAGAGACCUCUACAGACGUCAACUGAACAACUGUCCACCACAUCCCCCCAAUCAUUUGACUUAUAUAACUCUGACGAGGCAGAAACGGUCAAACGAAGAAAGCAUUAUAACUUGCGAAAGUUUGUGCAUGUCACAUUGGAUGACCACAAAGACCAAGCAGUACCUAACCACUCGAAGGUACUGUAUCAGUCCAAGACCACAACAGUCCCUGCAGAGUGGCAUCCCACCAUGAAUGCAUCAGAAGACCAAGUAAACUGCAUUGUUAACUGUGGGCAGAGACCGUCUUCCCAGUUUGCAGUGUCUCAAUAUGUCAAGCAGACACCUACUGUCCAAUCAGAAGAGAUCUAUCUAUCAAAGACAUAUGACAGUCACUGGAGUGACAGUGUCACUGCAAAUAAGGUGGCUGUUGAAGCUCCACCCGUGAGAAUUACAACACAUUGUGAGGCUGAAAGGAACAAGUCUGUUGAAGUUGGUGAACCCAUAGUGCUGCGGUGUGAGAUAUCAGAUCCUAACGCUCAAGUUAAUUGGUACAAGGAUGGAAGGGAUCUACGUGAAGCAACUGGGCAAGACAUCCUGGCAGAGGGCGCCAUAAGAACACUGGCUAUCCAGUCAGCGAUGCUGUCUCAUUCAGGGAUUUACAGCUGCAAGACAACCGAUGAUGCAAUGCAGUUUCAUGUGGAUGUUAAAGCUCCACUUCUGAAGUUUUCAACUUUAUCUGAGGGUGAUCAGAAAAAGACGGUCAUGACGGGCUUUCCCAUUGCUCUACAAUGUGAGCUGUCAGACCCAACUGGACAAGUCAGUUGGUACAAGGAUGGAACAAAGCUCUUACCUGAAAAUGGUGUAGCCAUCCAGUCAGCGGGAAAUUUGAGGAGUCUAGUUGUCCCAUCAGCCGAGCGGUCUCACACUGGCGUUUACCGCUGUGAGUCAAAGGAUGAUGACAUCCAGUUUGCUGUGGAAGUAAAAGCACUACCUGUGAAGUUCUCAGAGCUUCAAGAGAGUGACAGGACCAAGUCCGUCCAAGAAGGUUCUCCCAUUGUCCUCAGCUGUGAACUUUCUGAUGACCCUUCUGCUCAUGUCGACUGGUACAAGGAUGGGUUGAAACUCCUACCACAAAACAAUAUGGAAAUACAGUCAGAUGGUCUAACAAGGACACUACUCAUUCACUCAGCUGAAAACAUACAUGGUGGCACCUAUGAAUGUUCAACAUUAGCCGACACCAUUGCAUUUAAAGUGGACGUAGAAGGCCGGUCGCCACAGAUCAUGCCAAUCCCACUGUCAGAAAAAUACAAGAUGAUUGCACUUGGUUGUCCAAUUAUCCUCCAGUGUAAGGUCUCAGAACCUCUCGCCCAGGUUUCCUGGUUUAAAGAUGAGUUGGAGCUUUUUUGCAAAACUGGCCUUGAUAUGAAAAGAGAUGGCACCCUGAGAAAAUUAAUAAUCCAUUCUGCUAAGGUCACUGAUUCCGGCCUCUACAGUUGUAGCCUAGCUGAUGAUGUUGUGGGAUUCCAUGUGGACGUCGAAGCUUCUCCUGUGAGGUUUUCAGCCCUUCCAGUGGUCGCAAGAAACAAAUUUGUUGAAGCAGGCUACCCAAUUAAGCUUCAGUGCGAAGUGUCAGAGCCAACUGCCCAAGUCUAUUGGCACAAGGAUGGAGAGCAGCUCUUUCCAAAGAGUGAAUGGGAAAUCCAAACAAAAGAAAAAUUGAGAGCGUUGGUUAUUCCAUCAGCAGAAGUCAGACACUCUGGGUUGUACAGCUGUGAGGCCGCAGAUGACCGUAUAGAAUUCAAGGUGGAUGUUGCAGCUGUUCCAGAGGCUGAGAGGAGCAAAUCUGUUGAAGCAGGCAGCCCGAUCGAUCUGCAGUGUGAGAUCUCAGACCCUACAAGCCAGACCUGCUGGUGUGAGGAUGGAUUAAAACUCUUGCCGAAAUCAGGAAUGAACAUCGAUUCAGAGGGCAAAGAGAGGGCACUGGUUAUGAAGUCGGCCACGUCUUCAUGUUCUUUGGUGUACAGUUGUAAAACUGAUGAUGAUGAUGAUGAUGAUGAUGAUGAUUCAGAUUUCAACGAUUUCUAUGUGGAGGUGAAAGCGCCACCGGUAACAUUUGUUGAUAUCCCAGAGGAGGACCUUUUCAAGAGUGUUGUGGAAAACGAACAGCUUGUCCUGUCAUGUGAAGUAUCAAGUUCUGAUGGUGUUGUCCAUUGGUACAAAGAUGGAACUGAAAUGCAACCAUGUAACAAUAUUACAAUGCAAGCAGAGGGCAACACAAGGAAUCUGAUUGUACAUUCAGCCCAAUUGUCCGACACAGCCACAUACACAUGCCGUGCAGGGGACAACGUUCUAAUGUACAAGGUUAACAUACGAGAACCCCCGGUGAUGAUAAUCUACCCCAAGGAGGAUGUCCACCUUGACCGUCAUGUCCCUGAGGAAAUUAUUCUGAGCUGCGAAUUGUCACGUCCAAAUGGUGUUGUCAGCUGGUACAAAGAUGGCCAAAAGCUGCAAGAGAGUGAGAACAUCAAGCUCAAGAUUGAAGGCCCUUAUCGACGGCUAAAGAUUAUUUCUAGUGGUGUCGAAGAUUCUGGAGAAUAUGUUUGUGAUACAGCUGACGCUUCAAUAUUCUUUCACCUUAGUAUUACAGAACCUCCAGUGCGGAUUGUGUCCCCAAGUCAGUCCCAAAUGGAACUGUGCCAGCAGACCUCUGAGAGGAUGGUAUUGAGCUGCGAGAUUUCACGGCCCAAUGCAGUGGUACGCUGGUAUCGAGACGGAUUGGAAGUGGAGGAGAAUGACAACCUUAUCUUAGAGGUGGAUGGUGUAUACAGAAGACUUAUUAUACCAGAAACUACCGUCAAAGAUUCAGCUGAAUAUGUCUGUGAUACUGCAGAUGAGUCUGUGACUUUCUUUGUAAACAUAGCAGAGCCUCCUGUUCGCUUCGUACGUCCAAGAAAGAUGGCAGGAAGAGUGGACAAAGUGGUUGGGGAGACUCUGGUUCUAGACUGUGAAGUUUCAAGAUCAAAUGCCGAGGUCAACUGGAAGAAGAAUGGGGAAGAAGUAGAAGACUCCAAAAAUAUCACCAUCCUUGAGGAUGGUGUCAUACGUCAACUAACCAUUCACUCACUAACAAUGGAAGAUGCUGGAAAAUAUGUGUGCGAUGCAAAGGAUGAUGUGAUGGAUUUCACUGUAAACGUGCAAGAGUUACCUGUAAAAAUUCUUGGAAAAACCAAUGCAAAGACAGAAAAGCAGUUCUUAGUUUCAGAUGACAUCAUUCUUGUGUGUGAACUAUCAAGACCCAAUGCCUCAGUCAGCUGGUACAAAGAUAAUCAGCUAAUUGAUAACACUGAGCGAUACUGUAGCGAGGAGCAAGGCGUUUUCCGAUCACUGGUUGUCUUAAAUGCUGGGCUUGAAGAUUCGGCAGAGUACACCUGUGAUGCAUUGGACGAUAAGAUGGUCUUCUAUAUUACUGUCAAAGAACCUCAAGUAAAGAUCAUUGGGAACUCAGGCCACCCAGAGCAUCACAUCCUGGUAGAAGGAGAUGACCUUAUUUUGGAGUGUGAGGUGUCUCGGUCAAACGCCACCGUUCAGUGGUUAUGCAAUGGCGUGAUACUGAAACCAGACACUCGUAUACAAAUUGACAGCUAUGAUGAUGUGAGGAAGCUUGUCAUCUCUGGACUCCAGCCCUCCGACUCUGGAAAAUACAUUUGCGAUGCCAUUGAUGACAAACUGACAACAAUUGUUGAAGUCCAAGAGCUGCCAGUCAAGUUUGAGAAUAAAAAAGCAAACAAUAACAUCUCAGCCUAUGAAAAUGAGAGUGUUACGCUGUGUGCCAUUGUGAGCCGAGAAAGAGCUAAUGUUCGGUGGCUGAAAGACGGCCAACUAUUGAACGGGGACAACAUUCACAUCUCCAGUGAGGGUAAUACCCACAAGCUCACCAUUAAUCCCCUGCAGCUGUCAGAUUCUGGGGAAUAUGUCUGUGACGUAAACACAGAUGAGAUGUAUUUCAGUCUUUUAGUCAAAGAAAUGAAAGUGAAAUUUAUCCGACCACUGGAGAAUGCUGUGUCUCUGGAGGGCAGUAGCCUUAUACUACGAUGCGAGAUAAACAAGCCCAAAGGAGAUGUCCAGUGGCUAAAAGAUGGCCAAGAGAUCUCAUCGAGCCGUCGGCACACGAUAAGGGCGCAAGGCCGCGAACGAAGCUUUACCAUCCACCAACUAGUGAAAGAAGAUGCUGGAGAAUAUGCCUGUGAAUCCACAGAUGACAGGACCUCAGCUACUGUCACUGUAGAAACUCCCCGUGUUGUUGAGUUCAUAGCAGAGCUCCGUAACAUCACCGUCUGUGAGGGAGAAGAUGCAAUAUUUAAGUGUGUGGUCUCACCAGAGGACAGUCGGUUGGUGUGGAGCUUAAAUGGCAAGCAAGUUGCUCUAAAUGAGCGCACUGUCACUUCAAGUAACGGACUAUGCCACAUGCUCUGCAUCCACAACUGCAUGGUUUCAGAUAGCGGCAGAGUAACAGCUGACGCAGAGGGGUUGGUUUCAGAGGCACAACUCCACGUUCAAGAGCAACAGGUGUUGUUUACCAAGAAGAUGACACCAGUUGUAGCUGAAGAGUACAGUGAGGCAACUCUAGAGGUGGAGGUGAGUCUGGAUUCAGGAGAAGUGCAGUGGAUGAGGCAAGGGGUGCUGAUCCACCCUGGAUCCAAGAAUACCCUGAAACACAAGGGCCGAAAACACAGUCUCACCAUCUACAAUCUGGCCAUGUCUGACCGGGGCACCUAUAGCUGUGAAACCCUCCAUGACCGCACGCAAGCCCAGCUCACAGUGGAACCUCGAAAAAUCACAAUCAAGAAAGGGCUGACUGACAUUAAAACCACAGAGAGAGAAACGGCAUCUUUUGAGGUGGAGCUCUCCCAUCCCGAUGUCCCAGGAACCUGGAUGAGAAACGCAGUCCAGCUCAAGCCGACAAAUCACUUCCGUAUGAGUUCCAAAGGACAAGUCCACAGUCUCACUAUCUCUAACCUAUCAGUGGAAGACACUGGCACCUUUAUGUUCUGUGUAGAGAAUCUGAAGACGACUGCAAGGCUUGUUGUGAAGGAGCCUCCAGUGACCAUUUUCAGAAAACUUGAAGACCAGAAAUUCCCUGACGGUGCAGUAAUCUCUAUCGAGUGUGAGCUGUCAAGACACAAUGUUGAUGUGAAAUGGAUGAAGAACGGGGUUGAGCUGAAGCCAAGCAAGGACUUGCGCAUUUAUGCAAUGGGAAGGAAACGGUUUCUACAGAUCAUGAAAUGUCAUGUCAGUGAUUCUGGCUUGUACACCUGCGAUGUCGGAGAUGCUACUACAUCCUGCACUGUGGAGGUCUACGAGCGUGAGCUGCUGAUCCUUCAGCGUCUGGUGGACGUGGACAUCCAGGAAGAUCAGAACGCGGUGUUUGUUUGUGAGGUGUCAGUGGAGGAUGUGCCAGGAGAAUGGUACAAAAAUGGGGAGAGGAUACAACCCACCAGCACCAUCAAGAUCCGACAGGAAGGGACCAAACAUUUUCUUCUUAUGUGCAAUGUGAGAACAGAGGACUCUGGAGAGAUCAAGUUUGUCACCAGACACGUUGAAUCUGUCGCUUCCCUGGAGGUGGAAGAGAUUCCUGUCAACAUUGUGAAGCCUCUGCAGGAUACGACCGCCCUGGAGAAGAGCCGCGUGCUCCUCGACUGCACCGUGUCCAACCCCAGGUGUAGCAUCCGCUGGUACAAAGGCAGCAAUGUCGUGCUGCCCUCCGAACGCUUUGAGAUCUGCAGUGAAGGCUGCUAUCGGAAACUGAUCAUCCAGCAGGUGGUGCUGGAGGACGAGGGCACGUACAGCGUGCAGGUUGGAGAGUAUACAUGCUCUGCAAAGCUGACAGUGGAGGCCCAGUCAGUGUUGAUGGUGAGUGAGCUGAAGGAUGUGGAAGUCCCGGCCCCUGGUGAAGCCUGCUUUGAGUGUGAGGUCUCAGUCCCUGUUCUCAAAGCUCCUGUGUGGAGUCUGAAUGGGGAGCCGCUGCAGCCCAGCUCUCGGGUACGCCUGGAGAAGAUGGGCACGGUCCACAGGCUGACCCUCAGACAAACCUCCCCGGACAUGAGCGGAGUGGUGGAGUUCUGCUCUGGGAAAGCAAAAAGCAGAGCCCAGCUUCGGGUACUGAGUGAUCCGUGAGAGACAUCUUCCAUCUGUCAUCACCUGGUUGACACGGACGGACUGAAACUAUAGUGAUGCUUUUUAAGUUGUAACAUUGACAUUGCUUAUAUAUUUACAAACAGUAUGUCUAUAAAAGUGGUUUAAACAGGGUUAUGACGGAUUUUCAUGCAGUUCCGUUGAAUCAGGGAGUGGAUUUUCUCAUAGUUACCUGCCUUUAAGAAUUGUCUUUAUGAAAUUUCUGUUAAAAUGAGUAUAAUCAGCAUGUGAAUACGUAUAAAGAGUUCCAUUAUUCCAUUAACUGCAGUUUGUCUGUAAACUAUGUCCUGUGUGGAAGUGGUCUGACUGUAACCAUGGUCAGGUUUAAGCUGAAUGUGUAUUUGUGCCAAUAAAUAUCAAUACAU